AUUUGUAUAUAAUGUAAUUUAUUUAUUUUUAUCCCUUUUACUUUUCCUAAUUACUGUGCUCUUGCCAAAUCCACCAGACUUCAAUGGAGUCUGGUGGCUUUGAAGGUACUGCUGAAACUCCACCUCCUAACACCUGAACUACCCCUUUAAGUGAUAGAAACGUUUGGUGUGUGUCCCAGUAACCAGCAUCAAACAGCAGAGGGCGCUCCCCCGCUGCAUGCUGGGAAAGAGAGGCGCCUGCUUUCCUCCUCUGUGCCGCCCUGACACCAUCACUACUCUUUCAUUUCGUCAUAACUGGCCUCCACGUAUAAAAGAUGACGCUUGAAUUCAGAUCCCGUGACGAAAUGACUUGUUGUGACAACCCGUCGCAGUGAUGUGAUCACAUGUAUUGAUUAUUGAUCCGAGCUGCCGGGCCGGUCGAGGCUCAGCAGAUGUUACAUAAGCAGAUGUUUGUCUGUCAGAGGGGAACAACUGUAAGAGAGCAGCGCUGGAGUCGAGCUGGUAGGAAUCCCUUCACUGCAAUGUUAAGUUUACCCAGAGGCACCGCCAUGCCCAGAUUACCCAGCAUGCCCCGAGGUCUGACCGUACCCAGCCUGCCCAGAUUACCCAGCAUGCCCAGAGGUCUGACCGUACCCAGCCUGCCCAGAUUACCCAGCAUGCCCCGAGGUCUGACCGUACCCAGCCUGCCCAGGGGGAUGUCGCUGCCAAGGGCCGUCUCCAUCUCGACCGUAUCCCAGGCUCCUCGGAGGCUGCUGCAGGACUGCUGCUCUGUGCUGGACCAUCAGACACCUGGAGGUCUGUGCGGUUGCUGCUGGGCGUUGCGUCCUCGCUACAAGCGGCUGGUUGAUAAUAUUUUCCCAGAAGACCCGGAGGAUGGGCUGGUGAAAGCCAACAUGGAGAAGCUGACGUUCUUCGCUCUGUCGGCUCCCGAGAAACUCGACCGCAUCGCCGCAUACCUGUCGGAGCGACUGACCCGAGAACUGAACCGCCACCGCUACGGGUAUGUGUGCAUAGCGAUGGAGGCGAUGGAGCAGCUGCUGCUGGCCUGUCACUGUCAGAGCAUCAACCUGCUGGUGGAGAGUUUCCUCAGUACGCUGCGUCUGCUACUGGAGGCCGACAAACCUCACCUCCACAUCCUCGCCACCAACUCUUUUGUGAAGUUUGCGAACAUCGAGGAGGACACGGCGUCGUAUCAUCGCAGCUAUGACUUCUUCGUGUCUCGCUUCAGUGAGAUGUGUCACUCUGAACACGAAGACGCCGACGUCCAGAACAAGAUCCGUGUGUCGGGGAUCCGCGGUCUGCAGGGCGUGGUCAGGAAGACGGUGGACGACGAGCUGCAGGUGAACAUCUGGGAGCCUCGUCACAUGGAGCAGAUCGUCCCCGCCCUAUUGGUCAACCUGCAGCAGCACACACACACCCACAGCGGGUCUCCAGCCGAGCAGACCGAGGUGUGUUUCAGGGAGCUGUUGGGACGAGCUGCUUACGGACACAUUAACAACGCUAUCAAACCUGUACUGAUGCACCUGGACAGUCACAGUCUCUGGGAAGGACGAAGCUUCGCUGUUCAGUGUUUUCAGAUCAUCAUGUACUCCAUCCAGUCCCAACAUUCACACCUGGUGAUCCAGCAGCUGCUGGGUCACCUGGACGCUAACAGCAGGAGUCCGGCGCCGGUCCGAGCCGGGAUCGUGGAGGUUCUGUCUGAAGCUGCCGUUAUAGAAGCGACCGGAUCUGUAGGUCCAACAGUACUGGAAGUGUUCAACACGUUACUGCGACAGCUCCGGCAGAGUGUCGACUACCAGCUGACCGGUUACUAUGACAACGCCGGAAAACAGAAAACCACCUCGACGGAGGAGAAGACGCUGCAGGACGCCGUCAUCAAAACCAUCGGAUCCUUCGCCAACACGCUGCCCGUCUACCAGAGGCCAGAGGUCAUGUUGUUCAUCAUGGGGAAGAUCCCUGUUCUCUGGUAUCUACCCCGCCCUGGGGUCGGCCCAACUCCGGGUACGACCAGCCGGUUUGAAGGCAGCAGGAUGAUCCAGGUGAUGCUGUUGAAGUCUCUGCUUCAGGUGUCGGAGCGUUAUGAGAGCAGUAACCUGUUGACGGCGUUGCCUUCGUCCUUCCUGGAGCCUCUGCUGUCCUUCACCCUGAUGGAGGAUCCAGAGAUCCGUCUGCUGGUUCUCUCCAUCCUCACCUCGCUCAUCGACCGGCGCCACAACGCCGCCAGACUUGCGCCACCACCGCCGCCCGUGACGUUUGAUAUCUCCGUGCUGGAGCUGAAGGAGGACCGCUGCUCUCGACAGGACAACUUGUUCAUUAGGAAGCACGCUCAGCGUCUCUACAGGCACGUCUACCUCACCUGUAAGGAGGAGAGCAGUGGGCGGGGCCACUACCAGGCCCUCUUCACCUUAUUGGCUGUGAUCAGUGUGGAGCUGGCCAAUGAGGUGGUGGUGGACCUACUCCGACUGGUCCUCGAUCUGCAGGAGAUGGCGUUGUCCAAUAAGGAGUGUCUGUCGGUGUUUAACCGCUGUGGUGUUCACGCCGUCUGCGCCGCCUUCCUCCACCUGUUGUCCCAGCUCGGCCCGCCGCCACCUCUCCGCCAACACGUCACACAGGUGAUCGAGAGCCGUCGGAGCAACGCUUCACACCUGCUGCCUGAAGACGUCUUCAGUGACACACACAGACUACCAGAAGGUGAGCUGAAGGUAGACGAAGCCUUUCUGUUUGUCCAAUCAAAGAUCUGCGAGGCUCUGACAGGAAGCGGCUACAGCGCACACGCCGAGCGCCUCAACACGCCGUACACACCUCAGAUAACAGAUGAGGACCGUCUGUCUAAGAGGAAGAGUAUCGGAGAUGUCCUCUCUCUGCAGAUAGACAUGGACGCUCAGGACUGUCCUGAUGUAGAGCAGAGACCUCAGAUGGAGCAGAUCACUUUUGAGACACUGAAGAACGCCAUCGACGAUCGAGGGAGCGUGGAGGAGGAGGAGAGGAGGAGGAGGAUGCAGGUGGUGGAGAGGUUUCAGACGGCGCCGUUCGAGGAGAUCGCUGCUCACUGUGGAGCCAGGACGUCUCUGCUUCAGUCUAAACUGGACCAAAUCUUUGAUUUGAUCAUCCGUCCUCCUCCGUCUCCGUCCGGACACUCGCCGCGUCGCUCUACUCCUCUCCACGAGAUGAAGUUUCCUGACCUGUGUGUCUAUUAGCGCUCUCUCUCCUUACUUAAUGUCAUGAGGAGGUAGGAGAGGAGGCAAGGAGGUAGGAGAGAAGCUUAGAUGAUGCAUGAAUCAUGUUUCGUUGCUGCUGUUUUGUCCCUAAAGAUAUUUUUCUGAUUGACCUUCUGUGGUGGUUUUCUGUUUUUAAAUCUGCACUCGUAAAACGUAUUAUUUGAUCGUCUGCAUCUCAAAGUUUACAAAUCAUAAUUUACACAUUUUGUCACCUGGCAGCAGAUCAGUCCUUCCUUCUGCUUUUGUUAACUCUGUUCAUGUGUUUGAAGAUAACUUUAGGUGUUUUCCUCACUUUGUAUAAUUGAGUCUUUAGUAUCUUAUUAUUGUUAAAAAAAUAAAUCACGAUGAAUUCAA